UUUAAACUUCAACGUCUCUCCUGUAACCAUUUCCCCCAAGAGCUGCAGGWAUGCAGGCAGGCACCAUUAGGCUCAGAGGGCAACAAUGGCAAGGUGCUCUUGGAUAAUAUUCUUCCUUCUCUCUGCCCUUUUUCUUCAGACAGAGCAGACAGUAUUUAUAUCAGCUGAUGAUGCAAACAGUGUAAUCAAGAGACAGAGGCGUGCCAGCUCCCUACUUCUAGAGGAGGUCCUUCAAGGCAGCUUGGAAAGRGAAUGCCUAGAAGAGAGAUGUACACAUGAAGAAGCGAGAGAAGUGUUUGAAAAUGAUGAAAUGCUUAAAAUGUUUUGGGAUAUCUACUAUGGUGGCAGGAGAUGCUCCUCGAGCCCCUGCCAGCACAAUGGCGUGUGUGAGGAYAGCAUCCGUGGCUACACCUGCACCUGCACCGAGGGCUACGAGGGAGAGAACUGUGCUUUCGCUAAAAAUGAAUGUCACCACCAAGCAAAGGUAGGAUGUGACCAUUUCUGCUACCCAGGAAGAAAUUCCUACCGCUGCUCCUGUGCUGAUGGCUACAAGCUUGGGAAGGACAAAAAACAGUGCAUUGCCUUAGAUGCGUGUGCAUGUGGCAGACUUCAAGACAGUGGUAACCUGAUAAGUGAAACCAGGAAGAAAAGUGAURAGCGAUUUCCUUGGCAGGUGCUACUGCUAAACCCAGAAGGAAAAGGCUUYUGUGGAGGAGUGUUGCUAAAAAGUAACUUCGUGUUGACCACAGCAGAGUGCGCCCUCCUGCACAGCCAUUUUGAAAUCAGGGUUGGUGCUGGGCCCAAUGGAGCAAGUGGAACUGGGAAGACAAUGCAAGUUAGGGAGAAGCACAUACACAUCCGCUACGAUGAAGACACUGGUGAGAACAACGUCGCRUUACUACAACUCCAAGAGCAUGUUGAGUGUGACAACCACCACCUUCCYGUGUGCACCCCUGAAAGAGACUUUGCAGAACAUGUCUUAAUUCCAAAACURGCUGGUACAGUCAGUGGCUGGAGAAUGCAAGGUGAUGACCUUCAAGGUGAUGAGCUGCAGGUUUCAUACCUUCCUGCUGAGGACUGCAAUCAAAUACUCAACAUCAGCCUCACAAACAGGCAGUUCUGUGGGCACCUCCAGGAGGCUGUGGACAAACAACUGGCUGGAGGAAGCUUUCUGGCUACUGAGUAYAAGGGCACGUGGUUUCUGACUGGUAUCCUGGGAUCUUGGCCGCUAGAGGACACUGAGUGGGAAACAUUGCUUUUCACCAACACCGCCAGGUACAUGAUAUGGGUUAAACAAAAAAUAAAAUGAGACACAAACACAACCAACUCCCAAGCACCAAGCCCCUACCAGUAUUCCAAGGAAACAUAAGGAUGCAGCCAGGAUCCUCAUUUUACUCUACUACAAUUUGCAGCAAUAGAAGUUGCAACAAUGUGUUUAACUCCAGUUUAUAGAGAAGAGCCUGCUUGUCUUUCCUGCUUCUGCUGACACACAGUACUGAGUCAUGAUGCAGUAAGCCUAGUUAUUGUGCUAAAAACAGAUUCAACUUUCARUUUCCUAGAACUGUUCAACCUAAACCUCAAAACAUGUCAAAUAUUUUUCUGUGAUUUUAAAUSUUGCUAGUACUCUGAGGUUUGAUUCAGCAAAUUCGUAGUAUUUCAGGAUCCAUACAAGUAAAACUUACAAAGACAGGGGGAAUGGCAAGUUUUUUAAUUGUCUGUGUUGAGGAAGGACUUGACACYUUCAUCAUGCUAAAAAAUGCUUCCCCUCAUACAUGGAACCUAUGUUUUCCCUUAUGAAUGACAUCCAUGUCAGUUAGAGGGUAAAAUAAAACCCARCUGUCAAAGACAGAAAAGAAAAUUGAAUUUCUUUUUAAAAUAAUUUUAAAACCCCAAAAUUCAAUCUCAUCAGUCUGGACUAAGUUAUAAUGUACAACCCCCAAACAAACAAACCAAACCCCCAGCAUAGUAACACUUAAAAUACUGAAUCCAGUGGUAGUGUUUUCCCCAAAAGCAAAAUAAAACAAGAGUAUGGAUUAAUUAGCUACUCAACUUUUUUUCAUCGUAACAAAAAUUAAACAAA